CUGUCAAAUCGGUUUCAUGAUUGCGCGAUCCUCCAACCGAGCGAGUUUGUUGUAGAGGAAAAGAAAAUUUGAACGUGGAAAACGCUUUACUUGCUCUUCAUUUGUCGCCAGUGUUUUGUGUAUAAAUUUACGAACUCGAAAAAGGUUGUUAUAAUCUGUUUACGGGACAGGUUCCCUAGUUCUAACUAGUACUUCAUUGAGAGUGUUUUCUCAUUCCGAAAACGUGAUUUUGUCUGAAGUGAAACUCUAGUGUCUGUGAGACGUUGAGCACAGAAAGUGGCUGAAUCGGCUCACCCGAAGCUAGUUUGUGGUGAGGCAUUGCAUGCUAUUAGAUGUAUUAGGCAAGUAAUUAGUAACCAGGAAGUUCAUUGUUCGAAACCGGAAGUAGAAACGCGUCAAAAGCUUAGAGUGAAAUGCAUUUCUACAAAAACAAAUUGCUGCAAGCGGGGCAGCUGAAGAAGCUCGGCGAUCACAAGUAUUCCUGCACCAAUGUGAGCAUGUUGGACCCAUUCCUUCAGCCGUGGUGGUGCUGGCUGGUCGGGAAAGUUCCACUCUGGUUGGCCCCAAACCUAAUCACAACAGUCGGACUGAUUGUUAAUAUCAUUACCACACUUAUUCUCAUCUACUUCAGUCCAAAUGCCCGCGAGGAACCUCCACGAUGGGCCUGCGCUCUUUGUGCACUCGGUCUGUUCUUCUAUCAGAGCCUGGAUGCUAUCGAUGGGAAGCAGGCCCGACGGACCAACUCGUCAACGCCGCUGGGUGAACUGUUUGAUCAUGGGUGCGACUCGAUAUCGACCGUGUUUGUGGCUCUUUCUGCGUGCAUAUCCGUCCAGCUCGGUUACUAUCCCCGGUGGAUGUUCUUUCAGUGCUUCUGUGCGAUGACAUUAUUUUAUUGUGCCCACUGGCAGACAUACGUUUCUGGUACGCUCCGAUUUGGAAAGAUAGACGUGACCGAGGCGCAGUGUACUAUCAUCGGGAUUCAUCUAAUAUCGGCAGUUUUUGGGCCGUCAAUCUGGAUGACGAAAAUUCCUUUGAUUGGCGGCUCGUGGAACUAUACGGUGUGCACGAUCUUCACACUCGGUUAUCUGCAAGUAUUCGUCACCUUUUGUCGGACGUUUCGUGACGGUGGCAUCGGUAAAAAUGGCUCGACAGUUGCUCUUCCGAUUAUGGGUGGAGUCGACAUUAGGAUUGUGCCUCUUUACUUUGCCGUGUUUGUGUAUGGGCUGUUAGCCUACGAAAACGCAUCCGUGAUCUUCACGGGUGGUGUCGGAAAAAAUGGAUCAACAGUAGCCGGAACCAGCGUGCUAUCGCCCAUCAUACCGUUCCUGUUUGUGGUCGUGCCAGCGUACGUGAUUUCGCAGAAGUCUAUCGAUCACAUCUACGAAAACCACCCGUCUCUGUACAUCAUGGCAUUCGGAAUGAUCACGGCCAAGGUGACCAACCGGUUAGUGGUCGCUCACAUGACCAAGAGUGAGAUGGAGUACCUGGACUGGGGUUUGAUUGGACCACUGUGUCUCUUUCUGAACCAGUACUUUAACAGUUUUCUACAAGAAUACUACCUACUGUGGUUCGCGAUGCUGUGGUGUUCCAUCGAUCUGGUACGGUACUGUGGACAGGUGUGCCUGGAAAUUUGCAACUACUUGAAGAUCGAUCUGUUUAGGAUCCCGUACCCGCCGAGACCGCUAAUGACGUCACAAGGUACGAAUCCACCACACCAUCAACAUCACCACGAAGGUAAAAACGGUACACAUAAUACCCACCAACAGCAGCCACAGUCCCAGGCGGCAAAUAGAAAGCAUCAGACGCGCGCUAGCAGUAGGAAGCAUAACUCCCAUCAGUAACCAGGGUAGACCCGGUCUGUUUAAAUUUAGUUUUCAUUUGCAUACAGCAUCGUAUCUUUAGCAGCUCACACCGUGCGAACGCGUCGUCCGUUGACGGAGUUUUGGCGUUGGUCAAAAUGCGAUUGUGUAAUGUGAGGUGAACCGAAAAACAUUUUUUGUAGAUGGGGCAUCAUCUUUGUAUAGAGCAAGUAGGAAGUCAGUCAUACUAGUAGUCUAUAACGAAAACCGAACAUUAGGAAAGUAUUUCCUAAGACUUUUGAUGAAAACGAAAUACGUAUUUUCAUCAGGUCAGUUAUUUUUUCGACGAGUUUUAUGCAGCCGUCAACGGUAUUCAGAGAUUAGCAGUCAGAUGAACAAGAUGGUAAUACUGUAGAGUGUGAUCUUCACGGUGCUGAAAAUUUAAAGAGUUUAAGGGGCUUUCCGGGUGAUGUAGUAUAAGAUUUUGGUUUGGUCGUCGUUGCUUUCAAUUGCACACCAUGACAAAUGUUCGAAAAAAUCCGCUUUGGGGUUUAUGUGCGAAACAUUCAUCAAUGAACUUUCUUGAAUGAAUUGAUGGAUAAAGUGAAAAGAUUUGGAUUGUGUUCCAUUCAUUCAGAAUAAUCAAAAUGAAGGAUUCCCUUAGUUUUGUUUUUAUUAUUUUAAACUCACGAAUUCAUGCCGAUUGUGGAGGUAUGCCAAACGACCAAAAUAAAACAAACUAUACUGGAUCACUUUGGAGAAGAAUCGCUAAACCAUCGUGUUGACAAGUGACGAUCAAACUCAAUAAAACAAAAGUUUCCGUGCUAGCCAGUAUACUUUAGCAACAGUUCGAUUGUUCGGGCGUAAUCAGUGUCGAUAUAGGAAAUACUAGAAUAGCUAAGUAACAGAACAGAAUGUGUUGUGUGAUUCGAUGGAAUUGUUUCAGGCAUUCAAAUUUGUAAACUCUUCGUCUGUAGCCAAAGUCUAUGCCAUUCGGAGUAAGGAGUAAUUUUUAGUAAUUUGUCUAUGUUAAAAUCAAAACGAUUCUUUCAGUCUGGAGAGCGGCGUGUUUGGGUGUGGUUAGCGGGAACAGCAGAACAAUUAUUCCUGCUUUGUUUAAUACGUUGGUAUCGUUUCUAGUAGUGCGGACUGUCACUAAGGACUAACCCAAAGGUUGACUAAAACUAAAUGGUACGCACAAAAAUACCUUCAAUUCAUGAUUCAAUAAGUUUAAGAAGUCUAUUAACGGUUGCUUCACAGUAAAUUUAUAAAAACUUAAAGUUACAUCAUUAGAUGUCCAAACGAAAAUCUCGAACCAAGUAGAAACGAACACGGAAUCAGCAUAUCACUUCUAUUUUACCCACAUUUACUGGAUGUCCCUGACUGCCCUACCGUUUCGCCGGGGUAACUGCUUUGAAAUUGCGUAGUAUUUUUCGAUUGAUCGCAAUUCUGAGCAAAUCAGAAUAAUUCAUUAGCAUAGGGACGGAAUCGACCUUGUUAACAGUAUUUCAGUACCACCUUGGAAUAGUGGCAGCAGAUUAAAUCGAGCAAAAACGAUGACUUUGCAGCUUACUGGUGCAUCGCGAUGUAAAACUUUUGACUGGGAAGCAACAUAAAAUCGAGUUUCACGUAUGUUCCGUCAUCGAUCUUUGAUCCUUGUGUUAAAACACGGUCGUACAAAAGCUUUACACGCUGAUUUGGUCACGGAAUUAGGUGAAUAGCUUAUACCUGGCCAAAAUGUUUUGCAUUAUUUGAAAGUCAGGCCAUAUUUCGAAUCGGAAAGCCGGAGUUGUACCAGUUGUGCUCUUUAUAAAAAUGUAUGCGAACCAUAGUCAAAGUUUUUCGAUUCCAACACUACACAGUCCUCUAUCCAGCCAUGAAUAUGAUUCGUAAUUCAGUAUGGUUUCCAAAUGGAGUCUGAAUUAGAUGCUCGGAUCCGUAGUUGCAUAUGAUUUGGAAAAUUGAGAAUUCAUACUGAAUUCCAUUGAGAAUUCAUACUGAAUUCUGAAACAAAUUUCAGUCAAAUUCUAGGCUGUGUAGUAGCGUGCCAGCGGUGCGCGAGAAGCGUACUAAUUUACCUUAGUCGGCCUUAUGUGCCGAAAUGAAAAGGCUUAGUGUUAAAAUAAAUAUGUUCAAUCAACUCAAAUGUGCUGGGAAAUGAGAAGUGCGAUUCCAAACCAAACAAUGAGAAAUUUCAGAUACAUUUUUUACUCAUAGUAAUGGAUUAAAUUUAAAGGCCCAAUUUCACGCUUUUAAUUGAUAACUCAUUAAAAACGUAAUUUUCGAGGUACAGUAUCUUCAGCAAAGUUGCUCAGAAUGAUAGACGCCAUCUUUUGAAAAAUUUUAUUUGAGUGAGAUAAAAAUAUCAUUUUUGCUCAGGGCCAACAUAGGGGCUAAGUAACUUCGUUGUUCAGAAAGUCAUUUCAAACAAAUUUGCAAAGGUACUAUUCCCGUAACUUGAGUGUAAUUCAUGAUCUAAUGUAUUUUCUGAAAAGGGUGUCCUAAAAUCAGUUUUUGUGAGAAAACAUAUAUAUUUUAAAUUUAUAUGAGUUUUUCAUAUCGUACAAAGUUUUUCAUCAUUAAAAACUGCACAAUUUUCUCAAACAUACUAUGUUGCUAUCAUUUCAGUUUAAUGAAAUAGAGCCAUUUACAUGUUUUUUUUACAAAAUUUCAACUAGUUUAUCAUCAAAAGGCACAGAAUGGUGCAGAUUUAUUAUAAUUAUGAAAUUUAUCUGACAAUAAAAUGGUCUUAAUGAAUAUGUAUCAGUCAAGUCAUAAAAUUGUAGAACGUAGUACUUCCUGCGAAAAUUUGUGAGUUGGUUCACCAAAAUCGAAAAGAUGUUCAACAGUUCCAAACGUCCUCAAACAAGAUGUUAUCGGUUCGUAAUACUUGAACGUCGUUCGAUGAAAUCUCGGCUGCAGUAAACUGGUGGAGCGCUGCGAUCGUUGUGAAGCACGGAAAUCAAGUAGAGACAGAAUCUUCGAAGAGUCGAUAUCACCGUUAAUCAGUUUUGCCACGAAAACAGCUUGCUGAAUUUUUCUGCGUCGUUCCAAUGAGUCCGCGAUCGGGAUACGGUGGGAGCUCAAGCGGAUUCCUCCAAGGAAGGUUUCUUAGAGCAAGACGAACAAAUCUUUUCUGUACGCGUUCCAAACCAGCUGAUACGGAUUCCAAAUUAGGCUAGCAUUUUCCUGUAUAGGACGAACCAAGGAGCAAUAUAACGCUUUCAAGCAAUGCGGAUCAUUGAAGUCCCGCCCGAUCUUCGCAAUAAAACCCAAUUGCCGUGUUGCCUUUGAAAUUGUAGAUGAACGAUGUAGAUUGAAAGUAAGCUUAGCAUCUAACAGAACACCAAGAUCAUUAACAUGAUCAACUCUCUGGAGCCUUUGUCCAUCAGUUUCAUAGUCGAAUCGAAUUGAAUUCAGUAUUCGGUGGAACGUUAUGACCUGGCAUUUCGCAAUGCUGACAAUAAGCCAGUUUGUAUGACACCAGGCGACGAAUGUAUCAAGAAGAUUUUCAAGCCGGAUCCAGUCAUCGAUAGAACGAACUUCAAGAUACAAUUUCAAAUCAUCGGCAUAUACUAAUCUGCAGCGAAACAGCAUCAUUGAAGAACAGCAAAAACAAAAGUGGACCCAUAUUACUGCCUUGAGGUACUCCAGAUAGAUUUGAAAACAUAGAUGAUACACAGGAGCCUAGCUUUAUUCGCAAAACUCUACCACAUAAGUAAGAGCAAAGCCAUUUAAUAAACUUUUGUGUUGCACCCAGCCGCGAAAUCUUGCAUAAAAGUAUUCGGUGGUCAAUUCGGUUGAAAGCUGCUUUCAGGUCAGUGUAUACUGCAUCAACUUGUACUAUCUUGUUCAAACUCGGAAUACAAGUGGAAGUGAAAUCUAAGAGAUUCGUGCUGACCGAACGACCUGACAUAAAUCAAUGCUGAUCAGAGGAGAUGAAAUUUUUUUUACGAAAAGUACCUCGGUGCUCACAAUUAUUUCAAAUAUCUUAGAUGCAGCAGAUAAAUUCGUUAUGCUUCUGUAAUUCCUUACGUCAAUACGAUCGCCGCUCUUGUAUACAGGAAACAUAAAAGACUGCUUCCAAGUCACCGGAAAAAUUCCUUGCUCAAAUGAUUUAAAUAUAGUGCACAAAGGAUCAGCUAAAACAGAAGCACAAUGACUAUACACCACAGAAGGAAUACCAUCUGGUCCGGGCGAAAACGAUCGUUUUAACUUUUUCAACAACAUAACAAUCAUAACGGGAAUAACCAAAAAUGUGUCAAUGUGCGCUAUAUUCUCAGGAACAUCCACCGCGGCGGUCUCCGCUUCGAUACCGGAGGCAGUAUUUUCAGCAAACACAAGCAAAGAAUUUUGCAAACAGAUCACAUGAGUCCAAUGUUGACAUGGAUUUAACACCAUCAAGACAAACUUUGAAGGAAUCGAUGAGAACUUGCGUUUCGAGUUUACAAAAGUCCAGAAAUAUUUAGGAUUCCGACGAAGAUCAGACUACUUACAUAAUAAACAACCUCCAAAGAGUUUUCAUACUGUGGUUGAAUUACUCGUCUGUGAUCGUCGGCAGGCGAGAUAUGUUCUUUUAAAAUAUCCUUGCCCUUAACAUUUGCAAUGAUAAGGUUCAUUGUAUGUCAGAUCAAAUUUCAGUAUAUAUUCGUUACCAUGGCAUCAAUCAUUCUAAGCAACUUUGCUGAAGAUACUGUACCUCAAAAACCACGUUUUAUAUGAGUUAUCAAUUAAGAGCGUGAAAUUGGUCUUUUGAACCACUGUGCAUUGGUGUUCAGUAUUAGGAUAUUAGGUGUGAGCGUUUUUCCCCCCCAAAUUUGAGGCUUUAUUAUCAAAAAAGAUUUUUUUUUUUUCCAUAAAUACGUUUAUUUCUUAAGGCAGUUUACAUAAGUUUUUCUUCGCCGUAGCAUCACUUUUACAUAAUAUUCUUAUCCUAAUUUAAUUCUAACAAAGUCACAACGUUUUGAAUUUAUUAAAACAUAUUCUCUUAUAGCUUAAAUAUCAUCUUAAGUAACUCGUCAUUAAUUAUGAAAUCUACUCGGAAAUAUUAUUUGAACCAAACGAUUAACUUCUAUAAAUUAUAAAAUAAGCUGUUAUUUUCAGACAUUUUGUUGAUAAUUUCAUAAACUGUUUCGAGUUUGUUUGUAUCAUUACAUAAUUUUUAUUCUAAUUUAGCUAUUGGUUGAACUCAUGGACGCAGCUGGGAUCAGAACUAAGUCUUAAAAGGGGCCUUUAUUAAAUUGAAACUCCAAUUUUCUUUAUGAAAUGAUAAAUAAGUUUCAUGUAUGAAAGGUCACGACAAGCAAGAAUGUCUCGAACUGGGAUAUUGGAUAGUUUACCUUGGGUACGCAAAGAAUUUAUUAGUUGAGAUCUGACAUCACGAUACUCCACGCAUGUGCAAACGACAUGAUCAAUAUCCCGAUAACCUUCUCCGCAAGCACAAUGAUUAGUCUCGGAGAGCCCAAUUCGAAGGAGAUGUGCAUCUAACGUGUAGUGAUUGGACAUGAGUCUGGACAUCACACGAAUGAAAUCCCUACUCACAUCCAGUCCCCUGAACCAUGCCUUUGUCGAUAUUUUCGGAAUAAUUGAGUGCAUCCACCGACCCAGAUCAUCUCUAUCCCAAGAUGCUUGCCAGCUGGCAAGUGUUCGUUGGCGAGACGAACUAUAGAAUUCGUUGAAAGCAAAAAAAAAAAAAAAAGAUUAUAUGGUUGAUAUACAAAAUACUGGUCGUUGCUGGUUUCUUGUCCAGUUUUCAGGUAACAUCCGGAUUCCGUGAUAUAAAAGUUUCUCAUCUUUCGAGUCGAUUCAAAUAACAAUUGUAAUAUUUGUCUAUUUCAUAAACUUCGCAGUCCUCGUUAGAUUUCCUUGUAUUAGUCCCAUUUUUAUUACGGUGUUCGAUCCAAACGCAUCAAUUGCAAUCGGUAAGCAUCCUCUCUGAUGAUUUCAACUGGCUAAAGCAGCUCAUAGUAUAUCACACCUAGCUUGAUAAACCUAAUGCAGAUGAUGACUUUGGCAGCGUCGUGAAUGUUCUGUGAUGAGACAUUGUAAAAUAAACGCAAAUCUUCCCAAAAACGACGAGAGCCCGAUUCAAAAGCCGACGUUUUCCAGCUAGAAUGAGUUUAUGAUGCAAACUACAGCCUCUCAUUAUAACCGAGCAGGUUUCUAAGGGAGCCAAACGAACUGACAAAUUUUAAAAUGAAAAAGUAGAGUUAUGUAUUGGGGCCAAAUACCAAACUUUAUAACAAAUUCUUGAGUGGAGAGGAAGUUUUUGUAGCGGUUUAUAAUAUGCAAUGCUUUGUAGAUGAAAUUAGCAACCGAUCGGUUCUUUCGUCUUACUUCCGUUAAUUACUAGCAAACGAUUCGCCCUUCUGCUUCGACUGUUACAAUGCAUUCAAGUGCUGAAGAAAAAGUUUCAUAUUAUACGUAAUCCGAAAAAAAGAUUACAUGAGCAGUCUUGGGAAAAUCUUUUCAGUUAGUUAUCUUUGAACAUAUUUACUGAAUAAAUUCGUAACUGAACCGGAACAGAGAAAAAUAACUGCGAUAUUUUCGAUGCACGUAAGGUGGUCAAUAUGAACAAUAAUAUUUUUUCUACAUUCCAAACAGUGAUUUUUGCGACGAAAGGCUGCUUUAAUUCCAGCUGGCUAUUUAGAUUAAACCCAAUAAAACGCUAUUCAACAUGAAAUUAACUUAUAGAAGCAACAGGAGCGCAGCAUUGUCAGCAAGUUACGAACACACAGUAGUGUUUGAAUGGCGCGUUUGAAUUGGCAUAGCGGUAGUCUGCGCUCCUGUUACUUCAGCGUACGUUAUUCAAGCUAAAUUGGCUAAUAUUUUUUAAUCAGCUGCAUAACAUGAUUUGUGAUUGUUGUUUUUAUUAUCAUUUUAACAAUUAUUAAGGUAGUGUCGAAUAAAUUUUAAAUACAUCACCACUAUUGAUUCAUUUAUCAACCACCUUACGCGCACUGAACAUUUUCAGAAAGCUCUAAUUUUUGUUCAUUGCGAAUAUAUUCAUCACGUUUUCUGCAAAGGGUUUACAAUGGCUAUGAAAAUUCAGUUCACAAAAAUCUUCUGUUCGAGAAACAUUUUAGAUAUAUUAAAUUUUCCUAAAUAACAUCGAGCAUAAUGUUCGCUAGUGAACUUUUCACAACUGAUUUUUUGUAGUAUUGCGCGUUUUAUACUCGAUUGGACUCCUGCGAGUAGUGUUGGGAAAAAAUCAAAAUUUCCCAUGCAGUUUCAGUGAGAAUCGAGUUGUCAAAAAAUCAAUACUGAACUUUUCUGCAGUGAGUUUUCUGAUCGAUGAUUUUUUUCUUCGUAAAAUCACUUGUGAAAAAUUUCAGUCGCGAUUAUCGAAAUUUUGAUUUUUUCCCAACACUACUUGCAGGAGUCCAAUCGAGUAUAACACGCGCAAUACUUAUCAUUUUAUUUCUAGUUCUAAUAAGGCCAAAAAAAUUUGUAUGUUUCAACUUCUGAAUUGUUUCGCAGUUUUAUUCAAAUUUGACUACUCGAUAAAAUAUAACUAUCGAAAUGUUUGAUUUUAUUGAAAAGCAUAAAACAUUCGCAAAAUGGAUCACAUUGUUUAAUAUGCUUCAAGAGCUCGUCAGCGUCAGUCGAGUAGAUGAUGAAAUACCCAUUAGGGAUAUUCCGAUUAUUUUACUUUCUACAUGUCAAUGAAAGUAAAUGGGAGUCUGCUAACCAAUUGUUGCGCCGCUGGUAGUAUCAAGCUAAUAUUUGAACAGCUCAUUAUUUUGCUACACACGCUCGAGUUCAAACGUCUGUAUCUAGCACCACACUCCAACACCCACUUCUGUUAUAUAGAAAGUUUUGAUUUUUAAUAGCCUAAGGCACUCAAUCACCGCUUAUUCUUACGUUCGCUAUACUUGUUGUGUUUGUUAAAGUAAUAUUUAAUUUGAUUAUUAUUCGAGGUCAUCAAUUGCUUUCUCAGCUGGUGUUUGUUUUGUAAAUCUAAGAAAAAUAAAAAAAAAGAAUACCGAAAUUUCAGACAGACACACUGUUUGAUAAAGUUUUAUUUAUCAAUGAACUCUAGAAUCAAUAGAUCUACUGUCUAACUGUUAAGCAGCGCUAAAAGAUAACAUUUGGGGUGAUUCGGUAAAAUAAUACAACACAAUGUUCGUUAUACUAUCCCCCUCGUUGAUUUUUUAUUUAAUGUCAAGGUUUCUUUUUAUUGAAAAUCAUCGAUGUUUUUGACAAACCCCUUCAUCUUGUUCCCAAUAACCAAUCAUCGUGUCCAACCUAAGGUUUUAAGGUUUUCCUAAAGAUAAAUGAAAUUUUUCUUUGUUGGUGAUGACGGUAGAAAUUAGUAGGCUCACUGUUGCAGCAGUAUGUUAUUUGUUACGAUAAAUAGAGUGAUGUUCAAAAUGAGAUCGACAUAAA